GUCGUUAAGUUAACGUUCGUUAUUAUUGCCAAGAUGCUGAGAACAAUGCCAAUUUGGAUGCUGCUGUUGUGUAGUGCGGCUUUGAUGGUGGAAGCCAAGCCCAUAUUUUUUAAGAUCUUUGCACCAAGCGCGGGCUACUCCAGUGUGAGCACAGCGACCGUUGCUCCAGCCAAUACGCAGUUCAUCUCGAAUUUGUUAGUGCAGAAGAUUAAUUUGUUGGACAAUUUCCUGCGUGCCAAGUCUUCUUUUGGAUACACCAAGACGGUUACAUAUGGUGUCGCCAGCAGCACCACCACAACCACCACUGAGCGCAGCACCACAGAGGUAAACACUGAUUUUAUACCGGAAGUUAGCUCCACCACUCAAACCGCCACUCCAUCCACAACAACAACAACAGUAGACGAUUUAAAAACAACCGAGGAUGACAUAGAUACAACACCAGAAAACGACAUUGAUACAACAACAGAAGACGACUUGGAGCCCACGGUGAUUCCCCAAAAGCCAGUUACAACCAGCACCACAGCAGCGCCGACGCGUCCUCCGCUGCCCACCAAGCGCACCACCAGAUCAACAGAUUUUUUUACUACCACACGAGCUGGCCAUGGCUAUGCCUAUCGUACUCCUGCGGGCUACUCCUUGUAAUCAUGUACCUGACCUCGCUAAUUUUGUAGGUAUAUUUAGCUUAAGCCAUGUCCAUGUCGCUCGCAACUUCCGCCCAGUGUUCAAUAUAAUACUCUAAUUUCCUAAAA